CGCUCGACGCCGCGGUUGCGCCUGGAGCUAAGCCCCGCCUCCUGCGACGGUCCGGGCCUGGGGGCGGGAUGGUUGCGGCCGCGGGGAGGGUGGCGGGCCUGCGGAUCCUGAGAAGCCGAGCUGGCUACUUAUUCGCUGGUGCGGCCGCCGAGUCUGUGGCAGCGACAGCAGCACCGGCGGCAGCGAGACGACAGCUGGAAGGAGCAGAAGGGUGGGCGCCUCGCGGGUCCCACAGUUUCAGCAGCGCCGCCGCAGCCAUGGCCCCAAUCAAGGUGGGAGAUGCCAUCCCUUCGGUCGAGGUGUUUGAAGGGGAGCCGGGAAACAAGGUGAACCUGGCAGAGCUGUUCAAGGGCAAGAAGGGUGUGCUGUUCGGAGUUCCUGGGGCCUUCACCCCUGGCUGUUCCAAGACCCACCUACCGGGGUUUGUGGAGCAGGCUGAGGCUCUGAAGGCCAAGGGGGUCCAGGUGGUGGCAUGUCUGAGUGUUAACGAUGUCUUUGUGACUAGUGAGUGGGGACGAGCCCACAAGACGGAAGGCAAGGUUCGGCUCUUGGCUGACCCUACUGGGGCCUUUGGGAAGGAGACAGAUUUACUACUAGAUGACUCCUUGGUGCCCCUCUUUGGGAAUCGACGGCUUAAGAGGUUCUCCAUGUUGGUAGAAGAUGGUGUAGUGAAGACCCUCAAUGUGGAACCGGACGGCACAGGCCUCACCUGCAGCUUGGCACCCAAUGUCAUGUCGCAGCUCUGAGGCCCCGGUCCCAGGCUUGCUCCCUCUGCCCAAUCCCAUCUCACCUGCCAGCCCUAGGCAGAGGGGCCCAGCCUAGCCUCGGCUGGGGCCACCCAGUUGGAACCUUGGCCAGAUUCUGCAAUAAAACGUUUUCUG